AAUCACCCUUGGCGCGAACUCCUUUCUCAUAACUAGAAGAUCUAAUUGCGGCUCACCAAGUCUCGAAAGCCCCCGACUCAACAUAAAUUGCGUGCGAUAGUGAGAUUUUGAGCGAGCUGAUUCUCGAAACUGUCAUUGGCACUGUCAAGAUCCUUUCAGCCUCCAUUCAAUGCUCCGUUCAGUGUCGCCACCCUCUCCGUCCUCCGUUGCCCGCCCAGCAUCAUAAACUCGGGAUCGAUCAACACAAAUGCGGAACGGUUGCCAGUAUUUACCCCCCUAUUUCCCCACCCUAAUCAAAAUCACGGCGACUGUCGGGCUCGGAGAGCGAGCGGAACCAAUUUUGAUUACCUGUGAAUGAAGAACUGAAAGCGGGAUUGAUUGGUGCCGCCUGUGGAAGUCAUACGUUAAAAGUGUGUGCUGUUUCUACCGAGUGACCCUAGUACCACACAGAACAUGAUUCAUAAUAACCGCUAUCA